AGCCAUUUGCCCCCACACGUUAUUCACACUUUUUUACUCACACAAUCUUCUUCUUAAAUGGCUGUUCGCUUGUUCCAUCCUCUCUUUGCCUACGCCGACUUCUCGUCCUUUCCCACUGUAGAGCAAUGUCGUCAACCCCCAAUGUUAAUGUUUUGUACCGCCCACCCUUCCAAGAUCUCUCUAGUUUUCGUACUAAGUUCAAGUCUAUAAAUUCUGCAUUCGCCGUCAGCUUAUCAAUAUCAAUAUCAAUAUCAAUAUCAAAAUCGGGUUCCUUUGGUGGGUUUGUCUCAAGCAAACGUUUUUGUGAUAGAAAUAGAUUCAAGGGUACGAACCCCAUGCCUGAAUUGAGUAAAGUUUCUGCUUUCAAAGGUGGUGACCAUGAUGAAGGUAUUAGCGUGCUUUCUCAGGAAACUAUAGUAGAUAGGUCGUCCAGGUUUCCUCGGGAGUUUAUGGCUGAUGGGCUGGAACCCACUCUCAAUCGAAUGAGCAAGUGGCUUGUAGCUGCCCUUUUUGGUGGCGUCAUUCUUUUGAGGCAUGAUUCAGAAGCUUUGUGGGCUGCUAUGGGGUCGGUUGUAAAUUCUGCGCUUUCUUUGGUACUCAAACAGAUUUUAAACCAAGAGCGGCCUCUUUCUACAAUGAGAUCUGACCCUGGGAUGCCAUCUUCACAUGCACAAUCCAUCUUCUUCAUUGUUGUGUUUUCUAUUCUGUCAAUUGUGGAAUGGCUUGGGAUAAAUGAAUUUACAGUAAUCAUCGGCGGUCUUGUCUUGGCGUUCGGUUCAUAUCUUACAUGGCUGCGGGUCUCACAACAAUUCCACACCGUUAGCCAAGUUGUUGUGGGUGCCGUCUUGGGAUCCGUCUUCAGUAUUUUGUGGUUAUGGUCUUGGGAUGCUUUUGUUCUAAAAGCAUUUGAUUCAAGCUUAUGGGUUCGAAUAGUUGUUGUUCUGGGAGCUGUUGGGUUGUGCCUAGGUUUUCUUGUACAUGUAGUUCGUAAUUGGUUUCAGGAUGAGGAGGAAUUCUCUAAUUAAAAUGAAAAUAAUAUUACUCAAAACCAAGAUGCAUUAUUCUAACCUGGGGUUUCUUGUAUACGUAGUUCGUUAAUUUGGUUUUAGGAUGAACAUGCAAGCUCAAACAAAUGUGCAUAUCAUACAAUACAAUAAAGGCCUUUACCUUUUAUGUUACAAAUCAGAUUGUAGCGGCAGGAGUAAAAACUCUGGGCUGCGAAGCCACACUUCCAUAAAUCUUCUGAUUGUACAGCAGGUUAGUUGUCUCAUUCAUGGUUUAAGAGAACUUGAGAUUAGGCUGCUGUGAAUGGUGUUUUCCUUUUCUUGUAAUUUCACUGAAUUAGACAUUGUAUAAAAUGUAUGAGCAGAUCAAUGAGACUUGUUUUGGAUGUUAGUUA